AUGCGAGGUGGUGUGUGGAGAGAGAGGGAAGGAGCGGUUGCGUGUUCUGCGAGCGAGACAGGGGGAGAGCAGGAGUACACUGGGCGCGGAGGGAAUGAGAGCGUGGUGUCGAAAGAGAGCUGCAGGGAGGAGUGUGGCGCAGUGGAUAGGGGUGUGUGCAUCUCCCAGUCUGUGAAGAUUCCCCGGGAGCCCAAGCUGGGGGGGUUUGACAAGAUCAUCCGGCGUCUCCGGGAAAACCCGAACGCGAGAGUCGUCAUACUUUUCGCAAGCGAAGACGAUAUCAGGCGGCUACUCCAAGCGGCUAAAAAGGCCAACCAGACAGGUCACUUUAUCUGGGUGGGUUCAGACAGCUGGGGCUCUAAGAUCUCUCCGGUGGUGGACCAGGAGGAGAUGGCGGAGGGAGCGGUCACCAUCCUGCCCAAGCGGCAGUCCAUCAAAGGGUUUGAUCGUUAUUUCAUCAGCCGAACGCUGGAGAACAACAGAAGGAAUAUCUGGUUUGCCGAGUUCUGGGAGAACAACUUCAGCUGCAAGCUCAGCCGUCACGCCUUGAAGAAAGGGUCUGGCCUGAAAAAGUGCACAAGUAAGACGCUCUCCUGA